AUGAAGCUCUUCAAGCCCAGCACCCCCGAGCAACAAAUUGAGUCGCUGAGGUCUCAGAAGUGCGAAGUCGAGUGCACAGCAGAACACGUGCAGCCGAAAGCCGGCUGCGAAGUCGUGGACCCCUGCCGUGUCGAGGGCCCGCAAGAGACCCAGAAGGUGGCCCAGAAGAUCAUCGAGUGCAAGACCCCAACACCCACGGAGGUGAUCAACUACUUCAAUGGUGAGUUGAAGAAGCGCAUCUGCUUCCUGGAUGGUGGCAUGGGAACCCGCAUCCAGGCAGAAAACUUGGAGGAAGCAGAUUACCGUGGGGAUCGGUUCAAGGACUUCAGCGAGAAGGAUGCCAACGGCAUCCCGGUCUCCCUGAAGGGCAACAACGACCUCCUCAUCUUCAGCAAACCAGACAUGAUCAAGGACAUCCACAAGGAGUACUUCCUGGCUGGCUCAGACAUCUGCGAGACCAACACCUUCAACGGCACGACCAUCUCGCAGGGCGAGUACAAGAUGCAGGCCGUUGUGCAUGAGAUGAACAAAGUGGGAGCACAGCUGGCAAAGAAGGCAGCAGCUGAGGUGACGAAGGAGGAGCCGCACAAGCCCCGAUUCGUGGCAGGUGCAGUUGGGCCCACCAGCCGCACCCUGAGCGUGUCGCCCAGUGUGGAGGAUCCAUCCUUCCGCAAUGUGACUUGGGACGAGCUUGUGGAGUCCUACAAGCAGCAAGUGAGCGGUCUCGUGGACGGUGGCGUCGACCUGCUGAUGAUUGAGACUGUCUUCGACACCCAGAACUGCAAGGCAGCCAUCUUUGCAGUGGACCAGUACUUCAUCGAGUCGAAGAAGGAGCGGCUGCCAGUGAUGCUUAGCGCCACCAUCGUGGACAACAGUGGCCGCACGCUGUCUGGUCAAACCAUCGAGGCCUUCUACGUUAGUGUGAAGCAUGCGCAGCCCUUCACCGUUGGCAUUAACUGUGCACUGGGUGCGGCUCAGAUGAAGGGCUUCUACAAGAAGCUGUGCGACAUGAACUCAGCCUGGUGCCACGUCUACCCCAAUGCUGGCCUGCCCAAUGCCAUGGGCGGCUAUGACGAAGACCCCGAGAUCUUCUCCAGCAACAUCCUGGACUAUGCCAAGGAUGGCAUCCUGAACUUCGUUGGCGGCUGCUGCGGCACCUUCCCUUCUCACAUCGCGGCUGUCUGCAAGAAGGUGAAGGACUGCCCAGUGCGCAAGCUUCCAGAGCUGCCCAAGUAUCCCAGCAUGAUGUUGUCUGGCCUGGAGCCCUGCCACGUGACCGCUGAGGCAGGCUUCCAGUGGGUCGGCGAGCGAUGCAACUUGAUGGGCUCGGCCAAGUUCAAGAAGCUGGUGGAUGCCUACAAGUGGGAUGAGGCUAUGGAGGUUUGUGUCGCCCAGUGCGAGAAGAAAGCGGACAUUCUCGAUUUUAACUUUGACUCGGACCUCAUCGAUGGGCAGUCGGCCAUGAGCAAGUUCAUGAGGCUCUGCGUCACCGAGCCCACCGUGGCCAAGCUACCCUUCAUGAUUGACUCCUCCAAGUGGCCUGUGGUCGAGGAGGGCCUCAAAUGCGUUCAGGGCAAGUGCAUCGUGAAUUCGAUCUCACUGAAGGUCGGCGAGGAAGAGUUUCUUCGCCAAGCGAAGCUUUGCAUGCGCUAUGGUGCAGCCGUGGUCAUCAUGGCCUUCGAUGAGAAGGGUCAGGCAGCCACCUUCGAGGACAAGGUUCGUAUCUGCCAGCGCAGCUACAGGUGCCUGCGUGAGAACAUCGACUUCCCCCCCGAGGAUAUCAUCUUCGAUUGCAACGUGCUGACGAUUGCUACUGGGCUGCCGGAACACAACUCCUACGGCAUCGACUUCAUCAAUGCCGUGGCGGAGAUCAAGCGCACCUGCCCAUGCAUCUCCUUCUCUGGUGGCUUGAGCAACCUGUCUUUCUCCUUCCGCGGCCUGAACUCCCUCCGAGAUGUCAUGCACAGUGUGUUCCUCUACCACGCAGUGCCCAAGGGCCUGAACAUGUCCAUCGUGAACCCAGGUGGUCUUCCCAGGUACGAAGACAUUGAGCCCAAGACCCGCGCCCUGGCCGAAGAAGUGAUUCUGAACAAGUCGGCGGACGGCAAUCAUGUCGAGCGCUUCCUGGAGUAUGCGGAGCAGGUGAGGAAGCCUCCGGCUCCUGCUCCUGCUGGGCCUGUGUUGAAAAUCGAGAAAUCUACGGCAGAGCAGCAGAGCACUUUCCUCAGAUCGCUUAAGGAGACAGUCUCGUGUGAAGCUGAGCAUGUUCAGCCGAAAGCCGGCUGCGAAGCCGUGGACCCCUGCCGUGUCGAGGGCCCGCAAGAGACCCAGAAGGUGGCCCAGAAGAUCAUCGAGUGCAAGACCCCAACACCCACGGAGGUGAUCAACUACUUCAAUGGUGAGUUGAAGAAGCGCAUCUGCUUCCUGGAUGGUGGCAUGGGAACCCGCAUCCAGGCAGAAAACUUGGAGGAAGCAGAUUACCGUGGGGAUCGGUUCAAGGACUUCAGCGAGAAGGAUGCCAACGGCAUCCCGGUCUCCCUGAAGGGCAACAACGACCUCCUCAUCUUCAGCAAACCAGACAUGAUCAAGGACAUCCACAAGGAGUACUUCCUGGCUGGCUCAGACAUCUGCGAGACCAACACCUUCAACGGCACGACCAUCUCGCAGGGCGAGUACAAGAUGCAGGCCGUUGUGCAUGAGAUGAACAAAGUGGGAGCACAGCUGGCGAAGAAGGCAGCAGCUGAGGUGACGAAGGAGGAGCCGCACAAGCCCCGAUUCGUGGCAGGUGCAGUUGGGCCCACCAGCCGCACCCUGAGCGUGUCGCCCAGUGUGGAGGAUCCAUCCUUCCGCAAUGUGACUUGGGACGAGCUUGUGGAGUCCUACAAGCAGCAAGUGAGCGGUCUCGUGGACGGUGGCGUCGACUUGCUGAUGAUUGAGACUGUCUUCGACACCCAGAACUGCAAGGCAGCCAUCUUUGCAGUGGACCAGUACUUCAUCGAGUCGAAAAAGGAGCGGCUGCCAGUGAUGCUUAGCGCCACCAUCGUGGACAACAGUGGCCGCACGCUGUCUGGUCAAACCAUCGAGGCCUUCUACGUUAGUGUGAAGCAUGCGCAGCCCUUCACCGUUGGCAUUAACUGUGCACUGGGUGCGGCUCAGAUGAAGGGCUUCUACAAGAAGCUGUGCGACAUGAACUCAGCCUGGUGCCACGUCUACCCCAAUGCUGGCCUGCCCAAUGCCAUGGGCGGCUAUGACGAAGACCCCGAGAUCUUCUCCAGCAACAUCCUGGACUAUGCCAAGGAUGGCAUCCUGAACUUCGUUGGCGGCUGCUGCGGCACCUUCCCUUCUCACAUCGCGGCUGUCUGCAAGAAGGUGAAGGACUGCCCAGUGCGCAAGCUUCCAGAGCUGCCCAAGUAUCCCAGCAUGAUGUUGUCUGGACUGGAGCCCUGCCACGUGACCGCUGAGGCAGGCUUCCAGUGGGUCGGCGAGCGAUGCAACUUGAUGGGCUCGGCCAAGUUCAAGAAGCUGGUGGAUGCCUACAAGUGGGAUGAGGCUAUGGAGGUUUGCAUUGCCCAGUGCGAGAAGAAAGCGGACAUUCUCGAUUUCAACUUCGACUCGGACCUCAUCGACGGGCAGUCGGCCAUGAGCAAGUUCAUGAGGCUCUGCGUCACCGAGCCAGCCGUGGCCAAGCUACCCUUCAUGAUUGACUCCUCCAAGUGGCCUGUGGUCGAGGAGGGCCUCAAAUGUGUUCAGGGCAAGUGCAUCGUGAAUUCGAUCUCACUGAAGGUCGGCGAGGAAGAGUUUCUUCGCCAAGCGAAGCUUUGCAUGCGCUAUGGUGCAGCCGUGGUCAUCAUGGCCUUCGAUGAGAAGGGUCAGGCAGCCACCUUCGAGGACAAGGUUCGUAUCUGCCAGCGCAGCUACAGGUGCCUGCGUGAGAACAUCGACUUCCCCCCCGAGGAUAUCAUCUUCGAUUGCAACGUGCUGACGAUUGCUACUGGGCUGCCGGAACACAACUCCUACGCCGUCGACUUCAUCAAUGCCGUGGCGGAGAUCAAGCGCACCUGCCCAUGCGUCUCCUUCUCUGGUGGCUUGAGCAACCUGUCUUUCUCCUUCCGCGGCCUGAACUCCCUCCGGGAUGCCAUGCACAGUGUGUUCCUCUACCACGCAGUGCCCAAGGGCCUGAACAUGUCCAUCGUGAACCCGGGAGGCCGUGGCAAAGUGCGGCGCGGAGCCUGGAGGGGCCUCUCACUGCAAACCGAGUCGCCAGGCCUUCCCCGAUACACGGACAUCGACGAGAACACUCGCAAGCUCGCGGAAGAGGUGAUCCUGAACCAGUCUGCAGAUGGCAAGCACGUCGAGCGCUUCCUGGAGUACGCAGAGGCUGUCCGCAAGCCUGCCCCAACUGCGGGCGCUGCUGCGGGUGGUGUUCCCGCCAAGGAUGCCUGGCGAAAUGGCACGUUCACAGAGCGUCUGCACUACGGGCUGAUCAACGGUAUCGACAAGUUCAUUGAGGGGGAUACCGAGGAGGCCCGGGCAGAACUCCAAGUCCCGCUGCGUGUCAUCGAGGGGCCGCUGAUGGAAGGCAUGGGCAUCAUCGGAGACCUUUUCGGAUCCGGAAAGAUGUUCUUGCCGCAGGUCAUCAAGAGCGCACGGGUCAUGAAGAAGGCUGUGGCGUAUCUGACCCCCUUCAUGGAGGAAGAAAAGCGUGCUGCCGCCCUCGCUGCCGGCGAGGACCCUGAUCAGCCCAAGUACAACGGCAUUGUGCUGAUGGCAACGGUGAAAGGAGAUGUGCACGACAUUGGCAAGAACAUCGUGGGAGUUGUCCUGGGCUGCAACAACUUCAAGGUGAUCGACAUGGGUGUCAUGGUGCCCUGCGAAAACAUCCUGGAGAAGGCCGUCGAGGAGAAAGUGGAUGUCAUUGGACUUUCCGGGCUCAUCACACCCUCCUUGGACGAGAUGGUUUAUGUCGCCGAGCAGAUGAAGGCUCGUGGCAUGAAGGUGCCGUUGAUGAUCGGUGGCGCCACCACAUCGAAGCGGCACACGGCGGUGAAGGUCACCACCAAGUACGACAAUGGCGUGAUUCACGUCCUGGAUGCGAGCAGAAGCUGCACCGUCGUGAGCGCACUGCUGUCCGAGGACAAGCAAACGUAUCUGGACGAGAUCAAGGAGGAAUAUGCGGAAAUCAGGGAGGAAUACUAUGCGACCUUGAUCGACAAGAAGUGGAAGUCGCUGAAGGAGGCGCAGUCCAAGAAGCCACAGCUGGACUGGGGCAAGCUGCCGCCGAAGCCGAAGUUCGUUGGCAACUUGUGCAUCAAGGACCACCCCAUCGAUGAAAUCAUGGAAUACAUCGACUGGACUCCUUUCUUCCAGGUGUACCAACUUCGCGGCAAGUACCCCAACCGCGACUACCCUCACAUCUUCAAGGAUGAGCGCGUGGGCCCUGAAGCGAAGAAGCUCUUCCAGGAGGCGAAGGACAUGCUGGCCUGGAUUGUCAAAGAGGGCUUGCUGAAGUGCUCAGGCGUCGUGGGAAUCCAUCCGGCCAACGCGGUCGGUGAUGACAUCGAGGUCUACACGAGCGAUGACCGUGACACCGUGAAGUGCAAGUUCUAUGGGCUGCGCCAGCAGUUGGACAUGGGCGAGUCCACAUACUGGUGCCAAGGUGACUUCAUUGCCCCGAAGGGCUACUCCGACUACAUCUCCGCCUUUGCCUGCACCGGCGGCAUCGGAUGCCACGAGCAGCGCCAGAAGUUCGAGGCGAAGGGUGAGAUUGAUCAGGCGAUCCUCCUGGAGGCCGUGGCAGACCGGCUGGCAGAGGCCUUCGCCGAGCUGAUCCACCUGAAGAUCCGAACCACGCUGUGGGGCUUUUCGCCUGAUGAGAAGCUGUCCUUGGAGGACAUGCUCAAGGUGAAGUACCAGGGCAUUCGCCCUGCUCCGGGUUAUCCUUCUCAGCCCGACCACAGAGAGAAGAAGACGCUGUGGGACCUUCUGGAGGUGGACAGGCUGACGGAUGAGAAGCUGUCCCUGACCGAGUCCUACAUGAUGAUGCCAAGCGCAUCUGUGUCGGCUCUGGUCUUCGCGCAUCCGGAGGCCAAGUACUUCUCGGUUGGCCAGGUCAACGUUGACCAGGUGCAGUCUUACUCGGAGCGCCGUGGCGAGCAGGGCGUCGAGGGGACGGAGCGCUGGCUGGGGAGCACCGUGCUGGGCUAUGAGAAGCAAUGCAGCUUGAACGAAAAGGUGUUUGGGGGGCACUCUCUUUGGAUUUUCGAGUGUGGCAUCCUGAGUUGGACACGGGCCCGUACAGCCGCCUUUGAGCAGGGUGCUUGGAACAGUAUCGACCGGCGAGGCCUGCACUUGGUUCCUUCUUUCAUUUACUCUCGCGAGCGGAGCGAAGACAGGAGCGUGUCAAUUAGACAACCAAGGUUUUCCACAAUGAAGCUUUUCAAGCCCAGCACCCCCGAGCAACAAAUUGAGUCUCAGAAGUGCGAAGUCGAGUGCACAGCAGAACACGUGCAGCCGAAAGCCGGCUGCGAAGUCGUGGACCCCUGCCGUGUCGAGGGCCCGCAAGAGACCCAGAAGGUGGCCCAGAAGAUCAUCGAGUGCAAGACCCCAACACCCACGGAGGUGAUCAACUACUUCAAUGGUGAGUUGAAGAAGCGCAUCUGCUUCCUGGAUGGUGGCAUGGGAACCCGCAUCCAGGCAGAAAACUUGGAGGAAGCAGAUUACCGUGGGGAUCGGUUCAAGGACUUCAGCGAGAAGGAUGCCAACGGCAUCCCGGUCUCCCUGAAGGGCAACAACGACCUCCUCAUCUUCAGCAAACCAGACAUGAUCAAGGACAUCCACAAGGAGUACUUCCUGGCUGGCUCAGACAUCUGCGAGACCAACACCUUCAACGGCACGACCAUCUCGCAGGGCGAGUACAAGAUGCAGGCCGUUGUGCAUGAGAUGAACAAAGUGGGAGCACAGCUGGCGAAGAAGGCAGCAGCUGAGGUGACGAAGGAGGAGCCGCACAAGCCCCGAUUCGUGGCAGGUGCAGUUGGGCCCACCAGCCGCACCCUGAGCGUGUCGCCCAGUGUGGAGGAUCCAUCCUUCCGCAAUGUGACUUGGGACGAGCUUGUGGAGUCCUACAAGCAGCAAGUGAGCGGUCUCGUGGACGGUGGCGUCGACUUGCUGAUGAUUGAGACUGUCUUCGACACCCAGAACUGCAAGGCAGCCAUCUUUGCAGUGGACCAGUACUUCAUCGAGUCGAAAAAGGAGCGGCUGCCAGUGAUGCUUAGCGCCACCAUCGUGGACAACAGUGGCCGCACGCUGUCUGGUCAAACCAUCGAGGCCUUCUACGUUAGUGUGAAGCAUGCGCAGCCCUUCACCGUUGGCAUUAACUGUGCACUGGGUGCGGCUCAGAUGAAGGGCUUCUACAAGAAGCUGUGUGACAUGAACUCAGCCUGGUGCCACGUCUACCCCAAUGCUGGUCUGCCCAAUGCCAUGGGUGGCUAUGACGAAGACCCCGAGAUCUUCUCCAGCAACAUCCUGGACUAUGCCAAGGAUGGCAUCCUGAACUUCGUUGGCGGCUGCUGCGGCACCUUCCCUUCUCACAUCGCGGCUGUCUGCAAGAAGGUGAAGGACUGCCCAGUGCGCAAGCUUCCAGAGCUGCCCAAGUACCCCAGCAUGAUGUUGUCUGGCCUGGAGCCCUGCCACGUGACCGCUGAGGCAGGCUUCCAGUGGGUCGGCGAGCGAUGCAACUUGAUGGGCUCGGCCAAGUUCAAGAAGCUGGUGGAUGCCUACAAGUGGGAUGAGGCUAUGGAGGUUUGCAUUGCCCAGUGCGAGAAGAAAGCGGACAUUCUCGAUUUCAACUUCGACUCGGACCUCAUCGACGGGCAGUCGGCCAUGAGCAAGUUCAUGAGGCUCUGCGUCACCGAGCCAGCCGUGGCCAAGCUACCCUUCAUGAUUGACUCCUCCAAGUGGCCUGUGGUCGAGGAGGGCCUCAAAUGCGUUCAGGGCAAGUGCAUCGUGAAUUCGAUCUCACUGAAGGUCGGCGAGGAAGAGUUUCUUCGCCAAGCGAAGCUUUGCAUGCGCUAUGGUGCAGCCGUGGUCAUCAUGGCCUUCGAUGAGAAGGGUCAGGCAGCCACCUUCGAGGACAAGGUUCGUAUCUGCCAGCGCAGCUACAGGUGCCUGCGUGAGAACAUCGACUUCCCCCCCGAGGAUAUCAUCUUCGAUUGCAACGUGCUAACGAUUGCUACUGGGCUGCCGGAACACAACUCCUACGCCGUCGACUUCAUCAAUGCCGUGGCGGAGAUCAAGCGCACCUGCCCAUGCGUCUCCUUCUCUGGUGGCUUGAGCAACCUGUCUUUCUCCUUCCGCGGCCUGAACUCCCUCCGGGAUGCCAUGCACAGUGUGUUCCUCUACCACGCAGUGCCCAAGGGCCUGAACAUGUCCAUCGUGAACCCGGGAGGCCUUCCCCGAUACACGGACAUCGACGAGAACACUCGCAAGCUCGCGGAAGAGGUGAUCCUGAACCAGUCUGCAGAUGGCAAGCACGUCGAGCGCUUCCUGGAGUACGCAGAGGCUGUCCGCAAGCCUGCCCCAACUGCGGGCGCUGCUGCGGGUGGUGCUCCCGCCAAGGAUGCCUGGCGAAAUGGCACGUUCACAGAGCGUCUGCACUACGGGCUGAUCAACGGUAUCGACAAGUUCAUUGAGGGGGAUACCGAGGAGGCCCGGGCAGAACUCCAAGUCCCGCUGCGUGUCAUCGAGGGGCCGCUGAUGGAAGGCAUGGGCAUCAUCGGAGACCUUUUCGGAUCCGGAAAGAUGUUCUUGCCGCAGGUCAUCAAGAGCGCACGGGUCAUGAAGAAGGCUGUGGCGUAUCUGACCCCCUUCAUGGAGGAAGAAAAGCGUGCUGCCGCCCUCGCUGCCGGCGAGGACCCUGAUCAGCCCAAGUACAACGGCAUUGUGCUGAUGGCAACGGUGAAAGGAGAUGUGCACGACAUUGGCAAGAACAUCGUGGGAGUUGUCCUGGGCUGCAACAACUUCAAGGUGAUCGACAUGGGUGUCAUGGUGCCCUGCGAAAACAUCCUGGAGAAGGCCGUCGAGGAGAAAGUGGAUGUCAUUGGACUUUCCGGGCUCAUCACACCCUCCUUGGACGAGAUGGUUUAUGUCGCCGAGCAGAUGAAGGCUCGUGGCAUGAAGGUGCCGUUGAUGAUCGGUGGCGCCACCACAUCGAAGCGGCACACGGCGGUGAAGGUCACCACCAAGUACGACAAUGGCGUGAUUCACGUCCUGGAUGCGAGCAGAAGCUGCACCGUCGUGAGCGCACUGCUGUCCGAGGACAAGCAAACGUAUCUGGACGAGAUCAAGGAGGAAUAUGCGGAAAUCAGGGAGGAAUACUAUGCGACCUUGAUCGACAAGAAGUGGAAGUCGCUGAAGGAGGCGCAGUCCAAGAAGCCACAGCUGGACUGGGGCAAGCUGCCGCCGAAGCCGAAGUUCGUUGGCAACUUGUGCAUCAAGGACCACCCCAUCGAUGAAAUCAUGGAAUACAUCGACUGGACUCCUUUCUUCCAGGUGUACCAACUUCGCGGCAAGUACCCCAACCGCGACUACCCUCACAUCUUCAAGGAUGAGCGCGUGGGCCCUGAAGCGAAGAAGCUCUUCCAGGAGGCGAAGGACAUGCUGGCCUGGAUUGUCAAAGAGGGCUUGCUGAAGUGCUCAGGCGUCGUGGGAAUCCAUCCGGCCAACGCGGUCGGUGAUGACAUCGAGGUCUACACGAGCGAUGACCGUGACACCGUGAAGUGCAAGUUCUAUGGGCUGCGCCAGCAGUUGGACAUGGGCGAGUCCACAUACUGGUGCCAAGGUGAUUUCAUUGCCCCGAAGGGCUACUCCGACUACAUCUCCGCCUUUGCCUGCACGGGCGGCAUCGGAUGCCACGAGCAGCGCCAGAAGUUCGAGGCGAAGGGUGAGAUUGAUCAGGCGAUCCUCCUGGAGGCCGUGGCAGACCGGCUGGCAGAGGCCUUCGCCGAGCUGAUCCACCUGAAGAUCCGAACCACGCUGUGGGGCUUUUCGCCUGAUGAGAAGCUGUCCUUGGAGGACAUGCUCAAGGUGAAGUACCAGGGCAUUCGCCCUGCUCCGGGUUAUCCUUCUCAGCCCGACCACAGAGAGAAGAAGACGAUGUGGGACCUUCUGGAGGUGGACAGGCUGACGGAUGAGAAGCUGUCCCUGACCGAGUCCUACAUGAUGAUGCCAAGCGCAUCUGUGUCGGCUCUGGUCUUCGCGCACCCGGAGGCCAAGUACUUCUCGGUUGGCCAGGUCAACGUUGACCAGGUGCAGUCCUAUUCGGAGCGCCGCGGCGAGGCCGGCGUGGAGGGGACAGAGCGGUGGCUUGGGAGCACCGUGUUGGGCUACGAGAAGCAAUGUGCCUUGGAUUCGGCUUUGGACCUCAUCGACCAGGCCCAGUCUGGCGAUGUCGGGCAGGCUGAAGUGGAGACACUCCUGGCGGCCAUGGGCCUGUCGGAUGAGGAUGCCAAGAAGGUCCUCCGGGCUGUCUUCGAUGGGCGAGAAAACACCACUUACGAGUCUGUGACUGAUGCGAUAUUGCAACUGACGAGUGUCACAGAGGGCAACCUUGAGACAAUGAUCGGGCGAGUUUCGCUGUUCAAGAGGGCAUUCCGCAAGAUCGAUGUCGACGGCAAUUCCAAGCUGAGCUUUGGAGAGAUCGUGGGAAUGAUGGAUUCCUUGCAAAUGGAGAAGAAGUUUGCUGCUGACGUCUUCUCUUUCUUGGAUGCGGACGAUUCCGGAGAGAUCACCUGGCAAGAGUUCGUCCGCGGCGUCAGCGAUGCGCAGUUUUCUGUACGCUUUCCGCAGAUUACGCUGGAAGCCUUGGUAGCAUUACCUUCAAGCCUAGCGCAGGACAGGCUCGUCAGCGCAGAAGAGGAAGCUGAAGCAGUCAAAAACCUCCCUGCCAUGGAAAAGACGCUGUAUUGGUUGCUUUCUUUGAUGUAUGGUCGGUCUUCACCCAACCGUAUAGCUCCAAUGGAGGAGGAAGAGGAGGACCUGAGCAGUGGCCCCAGGCUACAGGAUUCCCAGGAUUCCGACCCUUUGCCUGGCAUGAAGUUGCCAUGGUUCGGAUCUGAAACAUCGGAAAAGAUUGAUGCGGACGACCUCAGUCCCAGCAGCUCCGAUUCAGAGCUGACGGCAACCACCAGUGAAUCAUCCCACGCGCCCACGGAGCAAGCUGCCGUGACAGCCCUUCCGUGGCCAGACGCACCAUACGCCGUGAAGUCGCGCAAGGCACGAGAUGUCGUAGUGAUUACAAGGAAGCAGCCAAAGAACCCCGACAAGGCGCAGCUCGCAACUCUGGCCAGAAAGAGUCGUCCAGUCAUCGUAACCAGGACGCAGCCGAAACAUCCCGAACAAGUGCGCCUGGCGAUAGUGCGGCCUCCAAAGCAGCCUCCAGUGGCACUGCCGCCGGCCCUUCUCUCCACACCGUCGCCUCAAUUGUAUGCUAUGAAAGAGAAGCCUCAGAGGGUGCAGAAAGACCGACCAAAGCCACCUGCAAAAGACCACGUAGAGCGUGUAGGAGCUUUCGUCGACGAAGUCCCUGAGCUCAUCCAGCUCCAGAGACAGAGACUCGAAGAGGCGCCGGCUGAAAAGCCUCGAAGACCAUCUUUCUCUGCCCCUGUGCAAAGUUUUGCACGAAGAGGCAGCGUGGUCGGAGCUGCCGUAUCUUCGAUGCUGCAAGGUCUCGUGUUUCAGUCGAAGCCGCCGAAGGCGACGAUGAAAACCAUGUCCAUCAAGGAUGCCGUCACCACCAUGCGUGAGAUGGAGGUGGAGGACAGCAAAGCUCAUGUUCUCACGGAGGAGAAGAGGAGAGCACUUUGGCGUUGUUCGCAUGGUGCAGUCCUCGCCGGCGUGAUUGCUGGCGUUGGCGCAGCAUUCUUCGCGCAGGCGCUGAACGAUCUGACUGCAACAAUGGUCGAUGAGGAGGAAGACUGGCUAGCCUUCAACAGCAUUGCCGGCAGCUUUUCCCUGAUAUGGUCAUUGGCCGAGAUGGUCGUUUGCUGCAUCGCCGCUCUCGUUGCAGCCGUCAGGAUGACCAGAAUAUGUGGCAUCACGCUUGUGCCCAUGGACAAGGAGCGUGCGAUGCUUGCAGGAUCACUUGCACGUGCAGCCUUGGAGCUGGGGCAUCCGAAAGUUCGAACCUUCGGGAUUGACCCUCACAAGCGAGCAAGCAAAUUCCUCCUCCUCCUCUAUGCCUUGAUCUAUAUGGGCAGCCGUGGUGUCACCAAAUUUGUCAUCAAGUUGAUUGUCAAGAAGGUCGCACCUCGGACAUUGCUGAAGUUCGCAGAGAUGGCUCCUUUGGUAAUCGAGAUUCUCAUCAAUGUGAUGUUCAAUUCUGUGACUGUGAGGUACGCCAUGAACGAGGUCAUGGUCUGUACUCUGGGCCCCUCUGCCACCGUAGAGGUGAUGAGCCAGCUCAUAAAAGCGCAUCGUGAGAGUGCUGUGGAAGAGCCUUUGUCUGAUGAGCUGAAGUGCUUGGCUCUGCGAGCUGUAGGAGUCUCCAUCACCUAUAAGAUGCAGAUGCAUCCCAACAGCCGGUGUUUGCUGAACCACACCGUCAACCUUUUCAUAGAUGAUGGCUUCGUGAGUCGAGCGAAAAAGGAGUAUGGCCGAAGACUGGAAGUGGCGAAGUUGAAGCGAAAAGCCACCAAGUCCUUCUUGACUUUGCCGAGCAAGGCCAGUGCGGGAUCAACUGCAAGCGAAGGCGGUGGCUGCUGCAGUCGCUGGUUCCGCGCCAAGGCACAGCCAGAAAAGCCCCAGGAGUCGCUCUACGAGGAGUUGGCAGAUCUGGGCUUGGACGACGAAGACCUCUUCUUCGAUGGCUUAGCAGGAUUAGACCAUCGGGAUGCGCUCUUUGCCUGCUCCAUGCUGCUGUUGGCACUCAUGCUGGAUGGCCGCGUUGGGAAGGCGGACUGGGCCUUCAUCGAGCGCGCCGCCAGGAGUGUCAACCCUCCUCUCAAAGCGAAUUGGUCGGGUGCGGUCCAUCUGAUGAAUAUCUACUGUGGUGGAAGGCAGAUGAACGCCAGACUCUUCCACGACGUCUUCGAGAACUUUGAGGAUGGUGAGGCAUCGAAGGCCACUUGCUGCGAGUUCGUGGCGCGGGAAAUGCGAAAUUCGCUCAACUACAUCAACUGCUGCUGA